ACCGUCCACUUGCGGGGCCUUAUCCUCCCCGCCGCCUGAGCGGCGGCAGCGACCAGGCAAGCUGCUGCUGGCGGCCGCUCUCGUCAAUGGGCGCAGGAGCAGAGCCGAGCCCAGCCGCCCGGCGGGGCCGCUACGCCGGGCUCGCUAUCGCCGUCCUGGCUGAGCAGCCAAUCCAGGAGCGCCGCUCAGCCCCUCCCCGAAAGCCGGAGAGCCCCCCUCCCGCCGCCGCCGCCGCCGCCGCGCCCGCUACAAGGCGUGGGGGGGGGGGGCUUUCCAGGAGCGGCGCCCGCCUUUCUGCCGCCGCUCAGCAGCCCCGGCGCCCGCCGGAGAGAUGCCCAGGCUACCAGGUGACGGUGCUGGUUCGGGAUCCUGCCCGGCUGCCCCCUGACCUCCAGCCAGCACAAGUGGUGGUGGGAGAUGUGCUGAACCGGGCAGACGUUGACCGAGCUGUGCAGGGACAGGACGCCGUGAUCAUCGUCUUGGGCACCCGCAACGACCUCAGUCCCACCACCAUGAUGUCCGAAGGCACCCGGAACAUCGUGGCAGCCAUGAAGUCCUGCAGCAUCGGCAAAGUGGUGGUCUGUCUCUCAGCUUUCCUGAUGUGGGACCCGGACAAGGUUCCUGCCAGGCUGCGGCCAGUGACCGAGGACCACAUCCGCAUGCAGCAGAUCCUGAAGGAGUCUGGCCUGGCCUGCGUCUACGUCAUGCCACCUCACAUUGCAGGUGACCAGCCCCUCACCGGCGACUACACCGUAACUGUGAACACCUCGAGCGGUGCCCGAGUCAUCUCAAAGCAUGACCUGGGGCACUUCUUCCUCAAGUGCCUGACCACAUCGGAGUACGAUGGGAAAAAUGUCUACCUCUCCAGGCAUUAUGCCAAGGAAUGAGCCCCCCUCCUCAAAAGGCUGGAAAUCGCUGCCUUGGACGCCUUCACCCACCGCCCCUUGUGCCACCAAGUGCCUCCCCCCCCCCCCCGCUCUCACAGGAAGUCCGUGAACCCAAGCACAGCUGGGUGGGCUCUGGCCCCCGUCUGGGCCGGUGGUCUGCAGCUGCUUUUCCCAGGUCAGAAAGGGCUCUUUGGGGCAGCAAAGAUUUUUGCUCCACCGAGAAAAGCCCUUGCACAGAACAAAUGGUCUAGGGUCUCCUGCUCGAGCAGGGGGUUGGACUAGAAGACCUCAAAGGUCUCUUCCAACCCUAUGAUUCUAUGUUCUAAGUGGAAGGCAGCAGCCAAACCCCUUCUAUCAGCAGAAAGGAGGUUGGAUGCGGAGGCCACCGUGAGGAUUGGGUGGCCAGCUAUAAACAAACCCAUCAGAAUUAGUAAAAGGUUGGAUGGCAAGUAACUGAAUAUCCCCGGGUUAAUGUUAAUCUUCCUCCUGUGUUGCUAAGAAACCUUAAUUCAUGUUGAUGCUUGCAAAGUUCUGUGCAACUUGAAAACAUACAAAGCAUAAGCAGCUAAUCAAAUAAAUGCUAACCUAUUUGGAUGGUAAUGUGA